CAGUUCCGCAGAAAACCUGAGGGGGCAGCAGUGAGCUCAACUGCACAUCCACCGUAGAAGAAGAGAAUGCGGAAGAGAACUAAUACUCGUAAUACAAUCUAACAUGCGCUUGUUUGGGUGACGCUUUACGGACUGUCAGAGAAUAUUCCAGCAAGAUACACGACUGAACGAAGAGUUUCUCCACCGAGGGAAACAUAUCGACGUUAAACAUGUCUGUUAUUUCCGAGGAGAAAGUGCGAGGUGAGAACCUUUUCAAGGAAAUCAGCGCAGACGGCGAAGACUGGCUGCCCACUGAGAUCGAGAGUAUGUGUAUGAACUGCCACCUGAACGGUAUGACACGUUUACUUCUCACCAAAAUACCAUUCUUCAGAGAAAUCAUCGUGAGCUCUUUCAGCUGCGAUAACUGCAGCUGGUCAAACACGGAAAUCCAGUCUGCAGGCCGGAUUCAGGACCAAGGCAUCUGUUACACCCUGAAAGUCAAAACAAAGCAGGACUUGGACAGGGAGGUUGUGAAAGCAGACAGUGCGACUACCAGGAUUCCUGAGUUGGAUUUUGAAAUCCCUCCCUUCACCCAGAAAGGUGCACUUUCUACUAUCGAGGGUCUCUUGGACCGAGCAGCUGCAGGGCUGGAGCAAGACCAACCUGUCAGGCGAGUGACUAACCCCGAGGUGGCUGAGCAAAUAGCAGAGUUCAUCCAGAAGCUGAUGAAGUUAAAAGAGAUUGAAAGCGAAUUCACUCUGGUGAUUGAGGAUCCAUCUGGCAACAGUUUUGUUGAAAACCCAUUUGCCCCUCAAAAAGAUGAGGCGCUCACUGUGUCCAUGUUCAACCGGACGAUCCAGCAGGACAUGCAGCUGGGGCUGAGGGCCGAGGAUGAUUUUGAUGAUGAUGAGGAGGAGGAACCGGCUGGUAACGACAUAGAAACCAUGAAAAAUGAGGUUUUGGCUUUUAAAACCAACUGCCCUGAAUGCAACGCACCGGCCUCAACCAACAUGAAGAUCGUGGAGAUCCCUCACUUCAAGGAGGUCAUCAUCAUGGCUACUAACUGCGACAGCUGUGGCCAUCGGACCAACGAGGUGAAGUCAGGUGGAGCCACAGAGGAGAUGGGCACCAGAAUCACCCUGCGCAUCACCGACUCUUCAGACAUGAGCCGAGAUGUGCUCAAGUCAGAUACGUGCUUCGUCAACAUCCCGGAGCUGGAGUUCGAGCUGGGGAUGGCGGCUGUGGGUGGGAAGUUCACCACUCUGGAGGGGCUGCUUACAGACAUCAAAAACCUGAUAGUCUCCAAAAACCCCUUCAUCUGCGGCGACAGUAGCACCUCAGACCGGCUGCAGAAGCUGAAAGCGUUUGGGGAGAAGAUAGAUCAAAUUAUAGCUGGAGAAAUGACCGUCCACAUCGUCCUGGACGACCCGGCAGGGAACAGCUACAUGCAGAAUGUGUACGCCCCGGAUCCAGAUCCUGAAAUAACCACUGAGAAGUACACCCGCACGUUUGAGCAGAAUGACGACCUCGGACUGAAUGACAUGAAGACUGGUAGCUAUCAAGAUGACAAAUGAACCGCCAGCAACUAAAUGACCCAGCGUUAUUACAUCGCUCACAUAUUUUCUUCCAUUUUCUUUACAGGUCAUUUCAUACAUUUUAAGUAAAUACUCCAUAUACUGGUCGUUUCCAUCGGUGUAUUAUUCAGUGGGAGAAGUUCUAAGUUGUCUAAAUGUACAGGGAAAAUAAACUAAACGUCAGUAUCAUGAUUUGUAAAUCACACGGAUGCUGUUAUUAAAGAUAUAUAUCCUUUAA